GUAUGUCUUGAACUGCUGAACAUUCUCCUCCGUAAUAGUGCAUCAGAUCAGGCAUUGCUUACAACGAUUCCGGGCUUUGAUCAGUUGCUAUCAGUUCUGAACAUUAGGGGGACGACCUACAAAUUUUCACAAGCGAAGACAAUAAAUCUACUCAGUGUACUAGACAUCAUCAAUUUGCUAAUCAAGGGUGGCCCAGAAAUUGAUCCUGAGAGAGAUUCAGAAAAGGUGGCUAAUAAAACAGUCUUGGUUCAGAAAAAGGUAUUGGACCAUCUCUUAAUGUUAGGAGUUGAAAGUAAAUGUGCUCCAAUACAAGUGCGUUGUAGGGCACUUCAGUGCAUUGGUGAUCUGAUUGCGGAUCAUCCCAAGAAUCUCGAAGAACUCACAAACAAAAGGCUCGGAGAGGAGCCUGCUUUGAAUUCUGUCCUCCGGAUACUUUCGCACCCUUCUAGUGAGCAAGAAUCCAUGGCAGUUGACUAUCUUUUUAAGAACUGUCAGCGAAAUCCGGGUGGCGAGACCAUGUUGGCAUCUACUCUAAUUCUGGAGCCACAUUCAAUGAUUCAUGCCCCUUCUGAGAAGCAAAUUAACAUGUCAUUUGGGAGCGUGCUUCUACAUGGUCUUACCACAGGUGAAAAUGAAGGUGAUCUUGAGGUAAUGUCACAGGUUUUAUACGCUUUCUAGAUUAUUCUCUGAAAAUUUUGAAUGGACAUUUUUUAUUGAAAAAGUUUCAAAAUACACUUUAAUGCUUGAUCUUUAUUAGAAGUUUGUAGUUUUCACAUCUACAAGACUAUUUGAGGCCCUAGACUCGUCCACUACACUUGAUUCCGGAUACAUAAUCCUUCAGUUCAUGGAAGAGAAACAAUUGACAAGGGUUACCUAACCUACGGAUGUAAUUUGCUUGCAUUGUACUUCUUAAGUUGUAGAAGAUUAAACAUGGUACACUAAUUCUAGAAAGCAUUUUUACGGAGUUGUAUGUAGGAAAAAGAUUAUAUCAAUACUUCUUAGAAAAAAACUUAUAUCAGAUUAAAAACCAUAAGGAUAGUAAUUUAGUCUAUAAAAUUUUGUGAGGGAUAUAUUAUUUCAAUCUUGAUGUAAUGCUCUCUAAGGCAACAAAUUCAUUUUCUCUCCUCGACUAAGACGGUG